AUGACACCCUUUGUGCUGAACUGGGGUGCAACCAUUGGUUUAGAAAUCUCUCAGGUCUUACUCCACACACACACACACACACAUCAUCCUAGUUUAGGCCACAUUCCCCCAAGUUUUGCCAUCAGCACAGGGUUGCCUGACCAUUUGGGACAAGACUACAAUGGAACAGACCAUGAUGCAGACAUGUUUCCUCCAGCAACCAAGUAUGACAUUCCAACUCCCAGCCAUCAAGAACUUGGCAAUGUCAAUGGUGAUGGUGAUGACUCUGACUCAUCGGGCUGGGAAUGCGAGAGUCUAGGGCCAGAGUUUGUUGGUCCUCUCACAGAUUUUCUCUUUAGGCAGGCUGAAAUGCCUGCCAAAAAAAUUGACACAUUGCUUGAAACCUGGGCCACAUUGUUACUUGCCUUACAUGGGGAACUGCUAUUUGCUAACCAGAAAGACCUUUAUCAUGUCAUCAACAGCACAUCUGUCAGCAAGGUCAGGUGGGAGAGUUUUGUGGUGCACAAUAUGGCUCCUUGGAUGCUCAACAGUUACAAUGUAUGGUAUCAAGAUCCACAUAAAGUCAUCCACAAUGUUCUUGCUCGCACUGACUUAAUAGAUCAAAUCAACUACAUACCAUACUUGGAGUAUGAUUCUACAAACAAUCAAAGGUGCUGGGAGGAUUUCAUGUCAGGAGCCUGGGCAUGGAAUGAGGCAGACAGAAUCAUUAGUGAGGAUUCAACAAUGGCUGGGGCAACACUAAUUCCCAUCAUUCUUGGUAGUGACAAGACAACAGUAUUGGUAGCAACUGGCCAGACCAACUAUUACCCCUUGUAUCUCUGCAUUGGAAAUGUUUGCAACACUGUUCAUCACUGCUCACUGCAGCAGCUUUUUCACUCCUUGCUAACAUGCAUUCUUUGUUCACUUCAACCUGCCAUGAGUGUCCCAGAAAUCAUAUUAUGUGGUGACAAAUACUAUCAGCACAUCAUAUAUUCACUAGCAGCUUAUAUAGCUGACUACAAGGAACAACUCCAUUGUUGUCAUGAGUAUGCUGAUGCUGACAUGUAUGGGAUUGUUGGCAACAUAGUGCUGUUUACAAAUGAUUUUCUGCAUGCAGACAUCUACAGCAUGCUUUCACCAGAUAUCCUCCACCAGCUUAUCAAAGGUGGGUUCAAGGACCACCUGGUGGAUUGGAUCAAGCACUACCUAAUCCAUGUUCAUGGAAAGACACAGACAGAAAAAGUCUUGGACAAGAUUGACUGGCAGAUCACAGCUGUUGCCCCAUAUACUGGGCUGUGGCAUUUCCCUCAAGGUCGACACUUGAAACAGUGGACUGGCAAUGAUUCCAAGGGCCUUAUGAAGGUUUACAUCACAGCAAUUGAAGGUUAUGUUCCACAAUAUGUCAUCUCCACUUUUCAAGCCUUUCUGGAAUUUUGUUACCUUGUUCAUUGGAACAUUAUCACUCAACAAAUGCUUGUUGAAAUUGAUGAUGCACUCAGGCACUUCCACCUUUAUCAUGAAGUCUUCCAGAAUUCCGGGGUAGUUGAUACCUUCUCACUGCCCUGGCAACAUGCUAUGAAGCAUUACUACCACCUUAUCUGUCAGCUCAGUGCACCUAACAGCCUCUGCUCUUCAAUUACAGAGUCCAAACAUAUUAAGGCCGUCAAAUGGCCUUAUUGGCACACUAACCACUUUCAAUCUCUCAGACAGAUGCUUUUGAUCAACCAGAGGCUCAACAAGCUCAACACUGCAUGUGCUGACUUUAAAGAAUGUGGUAUGUUAAAUGAACCAUUGCUAUCACAUGUGCUCAGGGCUCUAGGGAGUUAUGAGGAGGAACUGGGCAAUGCUGUUGAUGCUCCCAGGUCAGUCAAGGUCCAUGUAUCAUUGGCUCAACAUAAGCAUGCAAGGACUGUAGGCACCCUAGCAGCUGAGCCCUGCCUGCCACAGCUUCCCAACAUUCUGCACCACUUCCUCUACUCAAAACUCUUUCCCACUGAUGAUCUGGAUGACAUCCCCCUCAAUGAGUGCCCACCCUAUGAUGGUAGCAUGCAUGUCUACAACUCUGCAUGUUCCACUUUUUUUGCACUAAGCAAUCUAUGUGGCCUCUAUGGCAUGCACCACAAGCACAUUCAUUCCUGCCCCAUGUGGAGGAACAAAGGACCCUGUUUCAACUGCAUCUCUGUUGUAACCAAUCCGGAGGUAGAGGGUAUGCAUGGACUGGACAUUGCCCACAUUCUGUGCUUUUUUUCAUUCAAGUAUCAAGGCACUUUGGAUCCAUGCACUGUCAUAUGUUGGUUCAACCACAUGGGGGAUGGCCCAGACAUAGCUACAGGGAUGUGGAUCAUCCACCCAAGUUACAAUGCACCCAAUGUCCCAUACAUCACCAUCAUUCACAUCAACAUGAUAUAUUGUGUGGCCCAUCUCAUCCCUAUUUAUGCUGCCCACAACAUCAACACCAGAGACAUCAAGCCUCAUGACUCCUAUGAUAUGUUCAAUUCCUUCUAUGUGAACAAAUUUGCCAACCAUCAUGGAUUUGAAAUUGCAUUCUAG